CGCUGUGUGACUGCGUGUUUCCCUCUCCUUCUCUGAACGCCAGUCAGCCUGCGCAUAUUUUUAUGUUUGCAGAACUGAAUGCAUUCAUGUGUGUGUGUGUGUGUGUGUGUGUGUGUGUGUGUGUGUGUGUGUGUGUGUGUGUGUGUAGGAUGCUAAAACAUGGAGCUGUGAAAGAGGGGGAGGGGCGAGGAUAGAGACGCUGAAGAAAUAGAUGAAAAAAGAAAGUAAGGCAAGGGAGGAAGGCAUUGAGAAGAGGACAGAUCUUGAGGAGAGAGUGACAGUGAAAGGCACGCUGAGGAGAGAUAGACGUAGAAAGUGAGGAGGAGGAGGAGGAGGAGGAGGAGACGAUCUGCUGGAGGAAGCAGCAGCAUCGUUGAUUUUCACAGGAACCAAGGCGGCUCUGUUGCCGUGACGAUGGGCUGCUGGCUCUCUGGACCGUGGAUGGGUGACCAAACGGUGAGUGGGCGGAGUCUUGCAAACCUGAGCCAGCGGGAUGCUCUGCGGAUCCUGGCGGCCAGUCAGCGUCCAAUUACAAUGCAGAUCAAGGGUCAGAGGGGGUGUGGCACUGAGGCAGACAGGGGAAUCUGGGAGCCCCUCCCUCUCAACCUGCAGCACCUCAACCUGCCCCUCCCACUGAUGGGGGCGGGACUUAACGCCUCCAGCCCCUCCUACCAGGACAGACAUUAUUACAGCCAUCUGUCUCUGCCACAAGAUCACUGUGAAGGAGGACGGUACAGCUACCUGUCCAGCUCCCCACGGGACACUGUGGACAUAAGCCACCAGGAUCCAGAACUGACUUGUCAUGGACAAAAGGGACAGAACUGCCUGAUGACAUGUUGCAAUACAAACUUAGAAGAACCUAAUGGCUGCCACAGUCAGACAGAUGACGAGGACUUCAUGCUGGAGAAGCCGCUGGGCUUCCUGCCCCUCCACCAUGAGCUGGACAGCGGACUGGGCUGGACUGAUGGCUCCCUCCACCAGGGUGACCUCUCGGGGCUGGAGACUGAGGAAGGAGGCCUGGAGGACUGUCAUUCACAUGGGGCCCUUGCCCAGGGGGGUUGUGGGGGCUUCGGAGGAGGUGGCUCUCCUUCCUCUGAGUCCUUUAUUUCCUCGGAGCUCAGUGACUCGGGCUUCUACAGCGUGAGCACCGGGGAGUUCAGGCACUUCCAGAGGCUGCUGGAGAAGCGAAUGCGGAUGUACAACGCCAGGCUGCAACAUCAGGGCGAACCGUGCGAGAGGCGGGAGCGGCGUGACAGCUGCCCCAAGAGCCACCGUGAGCUGCUGGAGGCCAUCCCUGAGGCGCUGACCAUGCAGCCUCAGUGUCAGCGCCUGCAGCUCGAAAUAGAAGACGGCGCUGGGCCAGUCAUGGAUGUCCCACCCCGCGGACUUUUCAGAGUUUCAUCGGUCCAGUUCCAUAAAGCUGACCGGCCCUGUCUGAACCGUCACAGCUCCAGCAGUGGAGCCCUCUUCAACCCCUCCCAUGCCCAUGCUGCAGUCUCACGAAUGACUGCCCCGGCCCUCUCCACAUGCAGCACCCCCUCCAGCCACCGGAGAUCACUAGUACCCAUGCAACAGACCCACCAGGGCUCCAGUUCAGUGGGGAUGCUGAGGAGAAGCCGUACUCUGCACCAUCGCCCUCCUCCGCAGGAGUACCGCCGGCGAGCCAGCCACCCAGCUUCCCCCUCCUACUGCACAGCAACCCUGCACCACUGUGGAGGUGUCCAGCCACAUAACGUCCUGCCAUCGGGCCUGCCAGAGGAAGGUGAGCUAGUGCCUGGUUUGUUGGCUUCUCACCCAGCAGGCUUGGCCCUCUCACCACAACAACACCCCACCGUUUUGGGGCACGUUAGGGGUGCCAACACCCAUGAGCGAUGCUACAGCAACAACCCUAAUGCCCAGAUCACUCACCAUGACUGGUGGCACUCGCAAGAAAGAAGCCUGAUGCCCGAGCAACUGGUGACAGAAAGGGACAGAGAGAUUGAGAGGGAACUGGAACAAAAAAAGCAAAUGCAAGAGAAAAAGCUAGAAAGGGAGGCACAGAUUCAAGAGGAAAUAGACAGAGAGAGGCAGCAAGAGCUGGGAAGGAGCCGAGCCAGAGAGCAGCACCUCCAGAGUUUAGUCCAACCUCCUCAGGCUGGAGAUGUCAACGACACCUGGCCGAAACCGGCCAUCCGUCAGUCCCAGAGUGGCGGGGGAGGCAGAGGUCUCUACAGCACCCUGGAGGGCCACACGGGGGCUUGCUCUGUUGCUGGGUGGGAUGCAAAGAAAGGACAAAUGAAUGCAUGUUCAAGCCCUAAUCCCAGUUCUGGUUUGCAGCCAAAACUUACUCCAAGCUCCAAACCCAACGCAAACUCACGGAUCUCCAGGAACCAGCUCCUGAGAGACCGGGCGUCUCAGCUGGCCGAUGAACGCAGUGGGAUGAGCACAGAUGAGGAGACCAAUACCGACAUGCUGAUGGGCCGGUACUGGAGUCGAAUGGAAAGAAGGGAACACUUUCUGCUGGCCCGUGAGCAGAGGCAGCAGCAGCUGCAGGCCAGAGGAGGGACUAUACGAGACGCAAUCAUCAGGGGAGGAGCCAUCACCGGGGGAGGAGGAGCCUCUGUUGGAGACGGAGGUGUGCUGGACAGCAGAGGAGGCGGAGCUUUUGCAGAAGGGAGGUGCAACACGUUCCUGGAGCUGAGUCAGAGGAAGCUGAGUCGUCUGAGGAACAGGAAGCUGUUGGAUGACUGGACGACAGUAGAGGAGCUGCUGACUCAUGGGACAAGGCUGAACAACCAGGAGGACAUGCUGUGUACCAGCUCCCUGCUGACGGUCACCACUGUCUAACUGCAUGGGCACCACGUCUAACUGUAACUCUGUGCGAGUGUGUGUGAUGUUAAGCUAACACUACGAUAUUUUAGUAAGUCCUCUUGUUCUCUUUUCCAAAGCCAGAUGAGAAGAUGGAUAUCAGUUUUGUCCUUGCUAUCCAGUGCAGAGACAGGUCCAGGAUGUGUUUAGCUUAGUUAAAAACAAAGACUGGAAGCGGGAGGGGGGGGGGGGGGGGGCACUGUUUGCCAUCCACCGUGCUGUCUUCAGUUAUCCACUUACGAAGAUCAGGGUCCUCAUCUCUGUACUUAAAGCACAAAAAAGAAACUGAUAUCCAUCUUCUCAUAUGACUUUGGGAAAGACAGAGAACUAGAAGGCGUGAAAUGUCAGACUGUUCCUUUAACAAAUGUGUGCGAGAGAGGGAACCUCACUGUCAUCACUGUACAUCACCUCAACUGAUAGCUUUAUGUGUGGCUGUGUCACCACUGUACAGCACUCCGGACAAAAUGUGUGUGUCAGUGCAUAGCGCUUGUAAAGACAAACAACUGAAAAAAGGUCAGAUGAGCGUGGAUGUUUGCAUCACAUUUCCUACUACAUCUUGUACUACAUUUAUUUCACAAAAUCUUUGACAAAAUUACAAAAAUUUGGGUUCAGACUCAAAUCCUCAAACAGACCAUGACUUGUCGGGGAGCAAUACUGUUCUGCCUGAUGUACCUGGCUGUGCAUUAAUGAUAGAUCAUAAACGACUACUUUUACAUCAGGGUCACAGAACACAUCAACUGUAGCAAUGCAGACAAUGACAACUGAGAUUUGAUACCAAAUCCUGAAUGGUUUUUAUAGAAACUCUGUUUACAAUUAAAAUAUCAGUCGGUGGGAGCUUUUGUAACUAAAAUGAAAAACGUGACCUGAUUUACUUGGUUGUGAAACACUAGUGAAACAGUGUUGAUCAGGGAUGGGGAACAAUGUGCCACGAAAGUUUGCAGAGGAUUUCGACCACAGCUUUAAUCUGUAAAAUCAGCUACUAUUGUGUUUCGGUCAGAGUUUAUGCCGCAUUCGUGUCAUACCAUUCAGAUGGUUCUUACGUGCACCUAAGUUAGAAAACAUGCCAACCUCUGAGUUGGAAGUAUCAGCUACAAUAUGUCCCACUUGUUGAAAAGAACUAAAGAAAUAAACAGUGGCAAAACCUUUGGAAAGUCACCACCACUUGCAAUUACUUCUAAAUAAAAUCCACUAUUAAAACCAAAACAAUUGAUUCAGCAGACCGUCCUCACGUUUAAAACGGCCACUUCACAACGUUAAACAGAAAGGUCAUAUAUGUUGUUUAAGGACUGGCAAUCUGCCUAUUGUGCCGUUUAGGUAUGAGAAAGAGUUAGAUUCGGAUAAGGAAAAGGAGCUAUACACUCAUAGAAAUUGUGUUACGGACACAGUCAUGUGAAAACGCAGUUAUUUGCCAUGAUGACUGAAGUUUUUUAAUGUGCUGCUGUGUCUCGCUGUGUGACCAUGACUAACACAGAAACCACACAAUUAAAACAAUACAUCUAAUAUAUAUAGCUGAGUUUAUGGGCAUGUGUACCAUAUAUUAUACACCCCUUUUGCCAGCAAAAAUAUCAAUACAAAACAAAAAACGUCUGGGGAAAAAAGCACUAAAAUUGUGUAAAGUCGUAAUAACAGAAUUUUUUUUUUUCUCUCUCCCAUUCUUACUCGUCUGCUGACACAGCCUAAAUGCAGCAUUAGAUUUUUGGCUCAUGGCUCCCUAUUCCUGCUGGUGUAUUUACUGUUGGCAGGAUGUUUACAAAUCUACCUACCCAGGUAACAGCUUAUGCAUGUUUACUGAAAUCUACAGUGAAGCGUUGACUGUGUGGAGACAAUUUCAAAGAAAAGAAGAUACACCUCAAGUCAACUUUACAUUAGGUUGUCCAGACUGCUGCAGCGUCACUCUGUACAGUCAGGACAGACAGAGCUCAAGUCAGCGUUGACAUUCCACUAAAAGCAGGUACAGUGUAAGUAAAUCUGAAAUCUACUGUUCGGGAAAAUGUGCAAUAAUACCUCAAGCUAGUUUUAAUACGACAAUGAGAGUGUUGUGUGCGCUUUCUGUCAGGUGUCCAUCAAAUGCAGUAACUCGUUUUAAAUCAAACAGAUGCACAAAUGUGAUGAGUCACUGCAAGUGCACAGUAAUCCUAGAAUCUAAAAUGGUAAGAGCAAAGGUUAUGUAGAUAUUUACAUAAUUUCUUUACAUUGUUUUCCAUGAGAGGGACCUAAGAAAACAUCUUUUUGCACAUCAUUUUUUAUACAAAAUGUUUUCCCUACCUUUCUGUACCAGGGGCCGAGGCCAGUGGAACGACUGUAGAUAGAACGACAGUGCGUGUUGAUGUUUUCUUUAUAAACUAUCAUAGUGAUUUAUGGAGAGAAAAAAAUAAGUUUCUUGUCAUUGUGUUGGACAUGUUUCAAUAUUUUUCUUGUGAUGGUUACAAAACCAAUGUGAACAGUUUUUAUGAUCUUUAAAAUCUACUUAAUUUACUUAAAAGCUGGUAAAGCUUUGAUUUACUAUUUUUAAAGAGUGAACACCAAAUGUGAAUAUUAUUGUCUCUUUAAAUACUAAAUUGAAUUUUACUGUUGUUUUGUGUCAUUAUGACAUGUACAUAUUGAUUUUGUCAGAAGGUGCAGACGACAUUGGAGUCAGUAAUAGGACAUGCUGAUGCCAUCAGACGCCUCCAGUGGUUUAUCAUGUGAUUCUGUAGGUUUAUAGCUGUGUUAUGGAGGCUAUAUACAGCAAAGAGAUUAACAUUGUAGUAUUAGUACUUUUAACACUCACACUAUUUUCAAAAUUCAUUGAAAGUGGUUCAGUUUGUUCUGAAUGUUACAUGUGGCAUCCAUAAAUUAUGAGUAGGAUCACUGACACAAAUGCUUAGAGGAACAUUUUAGAUAAAUCGUCUUGUUCUUUGUUUUCUAGAGAGUUGGAUGUUUUAGAUGGAUUUCAGUUUCAUCUCUGCAUGUCCAGUAAAGAGAUGGCUCCAGAAUGCAUUUAGCCUAGCUCAAAAACCGAAAAGAAUCAUUUGAGCUGAUGAUGGCGCUAGAUAAAAAGUAAGUGCAUCUUGAAAAUGUUUGCAAUUAAUCUUGAGAGGGCCAUGGAAAUACAUCCAAUAGUUGGCGAAAUAUUUCAGUCUGGACCAGUGAUGGUGGAUCUAGAACCAUGCCUCUAUAGUGUGGCAAAAAAAAAUAUUUCUAACAACUCCAAAGC